AUGUUGCGUAUCAGCUUUCUUCAAUUGCUCUUUGUGACACUGUUCGCUCUGUCUGCGGUCUUCGCAGCAGACGCAGUGCAGGGGACUUCGUCAAGUGAGUCUUUCCAAGAUGCGCUCGCCGACAUCAAGGCAGUCAAGCUCCAUGAUGCUUUGCAUGCUCUCUCCGCCAAAUUCCGUCAUGGAAUCUUCCCGACUGACCUUCAAGCCGCCGAGGCUCUGCAAGCUGAAGAACCCACUAUUGCCAGCCUUAUCAAGCUCGCCAAGCGUCAGGAUAAUGCCACUGCCAGCACCCCAGCAACGGUUCCUACUGUGACUACUGCCAGUACCGAAUCAACCUCUGAGCCCGCCACCACCUCAGCUGCCGAGACCAGUCAGACCAGUGAGACUACCUCGGCCUCUAGCGCUGAGCCGACUACCACCACUCAGCCAACCGUCACCUCUGCCACAUCGGCUAGUGAGACCAGCACCAGCGAGACGACCAGUGAAACGACCAGUGAGACUACCAGCGAGACCAGCUCUGCCACCUCUGCAUCUGUCCCAACCGAGACCUCUAGCACGGUCUCGACCCAGACUACUGCUCAGCCGACCACUACCACUACCGAAUCUUCGACUGCUGAGACCACUCAGACUACUCAAACGACCACUAGUGUUCCUUCGACCCUCUCGACUACCCGGAGCACUUCGUCCACCUCGUCUGCCUCAACCACCAGUGAGCAAUCAACUACCUCUACCCGCGCCACCAGCUUGAGCACUUCCACCUUCGAGAGCACGACCACCAUGCCCGACGGCAGUCUGAGCACCAUCACCUCUAUCACGGUGAUCACCCCCUCAGCAACCGGCGGAGCCGCAUCCGCAACCACCGCUGGCAAGCCCGGUCUGCAGACCAACGUCGCGGCCAUGGCUACCGGUAUGGCCCGUGAGGUUGUCGCCAUCGUCGGUGGCGCCGUCGUGGUCGCAAUGGCUCUGUAA